UGUGGAUUCCUACGCCAGACAAUCCCUCCCUCCCCCGCAAACUUUGAACUUUCUUCUCCCCUUAAUAUUUCCUCUCUCAAAAAUCAACAACCAACCCGACACAUAAUAUAAUCUUCAAUUCCUCUGGCCGCGUCUUUCACACGGACGUGUGCAGGUAGAGUUAAAAGAUGAAGAUGUCAAUAUCAUCAGUGUGUGCCUGCAAACAAGAGCUGCCCCUAGUAAAUAUACAAAAGGGACUAAGGAUGGAGUCGUUAUUUCAGCAGAGGAGCAAGGAGAAGGUGGUGGUGAUAAUGGGGGCGACGGGAACAGGGAAGACGAAGUUGGCCAUCGACGUGGCAAAACACUUUCAACCAGCGGAGAUAGUGAACUCGGACAAAAUGCAAGUGUACAAGGGCCUUGACAUCACCACGAACAAGGUGAGCGAAGAGGAGUGUUUGGGGGUCCCACAUCAUCUGCUAGGCACUGUGGACCCUAAUAUAAAUUUCACAGCCAACGACUUCUGUCGCCACGCCACGCUGGCAAUCGACUCCAUCGUGGAAAGGGACGGCUUACCCAUCAUCGCUGGCGGCUCCAACUCCUACCUCGACGCGCUCGUCAACCACCACACCGAGUUCAGGUUAAGGUACGACUGCUGCUUCCUCUGGGUCGACGUCGCUCUCCCCGUUCUCCACUCCUCCCUCCAGGCACGUGUCGACCGCAUGAUCGACGCCGGCCAGCUCCACGAGGUUCGCCAGUUCUUCGACCCGCGUGCCGACUACACCAGGGGGAUUCGGAGAGCCAUCGGGGUCCCCGAGUUCGACCACUUUCUCGCCGCCGAGGCCUCCGGCGCCGACCAGACCACGCUCCACCGACUCCUCCAGGCUGCCAUUGCCAGCCUCAAGAUCAACAACUGCACGCUCGCCAACCGUCAGAUUCAGAAGAUUCACCGCUUGCACGCCUUGUGGAAACGCAGCAUGCACCGCCUCGACGCCACCGAGGUAUUCCUCGGAUCGCGCGACGCCUGGCACGAUCACGUCCUCUCCAACACCUUGCUCAUCCUCCACAAAUUCCUCUACGACGACACCAAAACGCACCUCCCCGCCGGAAUCCUCUCCCGGAAAGUUUCCCCCCUGCCGGUAGCCAUGGCGGCUACCCAUUAGAGAGGUAGGCCUGGAGAGAGAAUCUAUCUAUACACACCACACAAUACAAAGGUCGCACCACACACUAUGGCAUUGGCAUUCCAUAUCUUUUUUGUGUUUUUUUAUUUUUAUUUUUAUUAUACUCUAUAUUCCAGGUCAUGUCACUGGUAGUAAAUGUUUUACUUACUAUAUAUAUAUAUAUACAGAAAAAUAAAUAUAACAUAUGUAUAAUCCUUUGUUUAUGGAAAAUGUAUUUCUUUAAUAAGGGUUACGUUACGUCAGUAUCAGGGUAUUCCGUAUAAAUUAAUUAAAUAGGGUAAUGGAGCAUAGCAUAUACCAUCCCUGCUUUGUUGGCUAACGUUGUGGAGUGGACCUACAGUGUAACCGUUGCACUCGGGAAAUGCUUGUUAAAUUAGAUACUGAUGUGACCCGAUUUUAUUUUAACUUUUCGCGCAUUAAAUUAUAUCAUCUUCUUCCUGCAUACAGUGCCACCCAGUGUGUGGUUAAUUAUAAUCAUUACGAAAAAAAUCUCAAAAUAAAUAUAUUUCAAG